UCCGGGCUGUGCGUUCCACUUCACUUCCGGCAUGUGCGUUCCACAGACAGGAAGGGAGUUGUCUUCCACCAUUGCAGCAACUUCCGGGUUUCCGUCGAACGGGAGACUGGAGUCACUCGUCCGGCAACAGCAGGAUCUCAUAUAUACGGAGACAUCCAAAGACAAGGAGGAAAGGGAGGAGUACAGCUAUAUACCCAAGGGUGACCACCUUUCUGAUAUGAAGGCCGAAGAUAUAGAGGGAGAAGAAGAGACCUAUGUGACUGAUAUGAAGGCAGAAGAUAUAGAGGGAGAAGAAGAGACGUAUGUGACUGAUAUGAAGGUAGUAGAUACAGAGGGAGAAGAAGAGACGUAUGUGAGGGGAGAUCAGCAGUGUAAGGAGGAGGAAAUUCCUACAGAUAUCAGCACAGCAGAUGGAGGCACAAGCAGGAAUUCCUUGGAGGAAGAUCUCAUCUUGUCUGCAGAUAGUAAAAUAGAAGAUAACAUCACACAGGAUUCUCCAGGAGACAGCCCCAUUACUCUAUCUAGACAUCCAGAACCUCACAGUGCUGAUACUUCAUCUUAUCCCUCUAAUCGCGAUGACUGUUCUUCUAAUACCUCAGAUUUUGUUACACAUCGUGCAGCUCAUACACGUGAUAAAAUAUUUCCCUGUUCUGAAUGUGGGAAAAGUUUUGCACACAAAUCACGUCUUGUUAGACAUCAGAGAAGUCACACAGGUGAGAAACCAUUUCCAUGCUCUGAGUGUAGGAAAAGUUUUGCACAGAAAAUACAACUUGUUAUACAUCAGAGAAGUCACACAGGUGAGAAACCAUUUACAUGCUCUGAGUGUGGGAAAAGUUUUACAUGCAAAUCACGUCUUGUUAUACAUCAGAUAAUUCACACAGGUGAGAAACCAUUUCCAUGUUCUGAGUGUGAGAAAAGUUUUGUACACAAAUCACAGCUUGUUACACAUCAGAGAAGUCACACAGGUGAGAAACCAUUUUCAUGUUCUGAGUGUGAGAAAAGUUUUGUACACAAAUCACAGCUUGUUAUACAUCAGAGAAGUCACACAGGUGAGAAACCAUUUCCAUGCUCUGAGUGUGGGAAAAGUUUUACACGGAAAAUACAACUUGUUACACAUCAGAUAUAUCACACAGGUGAGAUACCAUUUCCAUGCUCUGAGUGUGGGAAAAGUUGUGCAGGCAAAUCACAGCUUGUUAUGCAUCAGAGAAGUCACACAGGUGAGAAACCAUUUCCAUGCUCUGAGUGUGGGAAAAGUUUUGUACACAAAUCACAUCUUGUUACACAUCAGAGAAGUCACACAUUUGAGAAACCCUUUACAUGCUCUGAGUGUGGGAAAAGUUUUACAUGCACGUCAAGUCUUGCUACACAUCAGAGAAGUCACACAGGUGAGAAACCAUUUCCAUGCUCUGAGUGUGGGAAAAGUUUUGCACUCAAAUCACAGCUUGUUAUACAUCAGAGAAGUCACACAGGUGAGAAACCAUUUCCAUGCUCUGAGUGUGGGAAACGUUUUGCACAGAAAAUACAACUUGUUACACAUCAGAUAAUUCACACAGGUGAGAAACCAUUUCCAUGCUCUGAGUGUGGGAAAGGUUUUGCACUCAAAUCACAUCUUGCUAGACAUCAGAGAAGUCACACAGGUGAGAAACCAUUUCCAUGCUCUGAGUGUAGGAAAAGUUUUGCACAGAAAACACAACUUGUCACACAUCAGAUAAUUCACACAGGUGAGAAACCAUUUACAUGCUCUGAGUGUGGGAAAAGUUUUGCACACAAAUCACAGCUUGUUAGGCAUCAGCUCAGUCACACAGGUGAGAAACAAUUUCCAUGCUCUGAGUGUGAGAAAAAGACUGGAAAAGAUCACCCAGGUGAAACUUACAGAGGCAGCUUGUGGUCCCCUGCCAAUCACACCUCACUUCCGGCCUGUGGGCUCCAUCCCACUUCCGGCCUCUGCGUUCCACACACAGGAAGAGAGUUUUCUUCUAUCGCGGCAACUUCCGGCUUUACCUCGAGCGGGAGUCAGUCGUCCUGCAACAGGGGGGGGGAGUAUAUAGAGGAACACAGGAGUCUCUACAAGGACGUGAUGAUGGAGAAUCACCGGCCCCUCGCAUCACUGGUUAAGAGAAGACUGUCAUGUAUUGUACAGGGGAGAGCAGAUGGACCCAGUAACAGAGAUACCCCAGAGAGAUGUCCCCGUCCUCUGUAUUCCCAGGACUGUACAGAGAAGAAUCACAGGAUCCCACAGGAGGAUCAGGGUGAGCACCUUUCUGAUAUGAAGGCCGAAGAUAUAGAGGGAGAAGAAGAGACGUACAUGAUUGAUAUGAAGGCAGAAGAUAUAGAGGGAGAAGAAGAGACGUAUGUGACUGAUAUGAAAGCAGAAGAUAUAGAGGGAGAAGAAGAGACGUAUGUGACUGAUAUGAAGGCAGAAGAUAUAGAGGGAGAAGAGACGUAUGUGACUGAUAAGGCAGAAGAUAUAGAGGGAGAAGAAGAGACGUAUGUGACUGAUAUGAAGGCAGAAGAUAUAGAGGGAGAAGAAGAGACGUAUGUGACUGAUAUGAAGGCAGAAGAUAUAGAGGGAGAAGAAGAGACGUAUGUGACUGAUAUGAAGGUAGAAGCUAUAGAGGGAGAAGAAGAGACGUAUGUGACUGUUAUGAAGGCAGAAUAUAUAAAGGGAGAAGAAGAGAUGUAUGUGACUGAUAUGAAGACAGACGAUACAGAGGGAGAAGAAGAGACGUAUGUGAGGGGAGAUCAGAAGUGUAAGGAGGAGGAAAUCCCUACAGAUAUCAGCACAGCAGAUGGAGGCACAACCAGGAAUUCCUUGGAGGGAGAUUUCAUCUUGUCUGCAGAUAGUAAAAUAGAAGAUAACAUCACACAGGAUUCUUCAGGAGACAUUACUCUAACUAUACAUCCAGUACCUCACAGUGCUGAUACUUCAUCUGAACCCUCUAAUCGCGAUGACUGUUCAUCUAAUACCUCAGAUUUAGUCACACAUCGUGCAGCUCAUACACGUGAUAAAAUAUUUCCCUGUUUUGAUUGUGGGAAAUGUUUUACAUUCAAAUCACAACUUGUUGUACAUCAGAGAAGUCAUACAGGUGAGAGACCAUUUCCAUGCUCUGAAUGUGGGAAAAGUUUUGCACUCAAAUACCAGCUUGUUAUACAUCAGAGAAGUCACACAGGUGAGAGCCCAUUUCCAUGUUCUGAGUGUGAGAAAAGUUUUGCACUCAAAUACCAGCUUGUUAGACAUCAGAGAAGUCAUACAGGUGAGAAACCAUUUCCAUGCUCUGAAUGUGGAAAAAGUUUUGCACUCAAUUGCCAGCUUGUUAUACAUCAGAGAAGUCACACAGGUGAUAAACCAUUUCCAUGCUCUGAGUGUGGGAAAAGUUUUGCACUCAAUUCACGUCUUGUUACACAUCAGAAAGGUCACACAGGUGAGAAACCAUUUCCAUGCUCUGAAUGUGGGAAACGUUUUGCACUGAAAUACCAGCUUGUUAGACAUCAGAGAAGUCACACAGGUGAGAAACCAUUUCCAUGCUCCAAGUGUGAGAAAUGUUUUACAUUCAAAUCACAACUUGUUAGACAUCAGAAAAGUCACACAGGUGAGAAACCAUUUCCAUGCUCUGAGUGCGUAAAAAGUUUUGCAGGCAAAUCACAACUUGUUAUACAUCAGAGAAGUCACACUGAUGCGAAACCAUUUACAUGCUCUGAGUGUGGGAAACGUUUUGCACGCAAAUCACAGCUUGUUACACAUCAGAGAAGUCACACAGGGGAGAAACUAUUUCCAUGCUGUGAGUGUGGGAAAAGUUGUGCAGGCAAAUCAGAUCUUGUUAUACAUCAGAGAAGUCACACAGGUGAGAAACCAUUUACAUGCUCUGAGUGUGGGAAAAGUUUUGCACGCAAAUCACAACUUGUUACACAUCAGAAAAUUCACACAGGUGAAAAACCAUUUCCAUGCUGUGAGUGUGAGAAAAGUUUUGCACUCAAAUCACAGCUUGUUACUCAUCAGAAAAGUCACACAGGUGAGAAACCAUUUCCAUGCUCUAAGUGUGAGAAAUGGUUUGUGUAUAAAUCACAGCUUGUGAGACAUCAGAGAAGUCACACAGGUGAGAAACCAUUUCCAUGCUCUAAGUGUGAGAAAUGGUUUGUGUAUAAAUCACAGCUUGUGAGACAUCAGAGAAGUCACACAGGUGAGAAACCAUUUCCAUGCUCUGAGUGUGAGAAAGGUUUUCUGUUUAAAUCAGAACUUGCUAGACAUCAGAGACAUCACACAGGUGAGAGGCCAUUUCCAUGCUCUGAGUGUGAGAAAUGUUUUUCAGGGAAAUCAUCUCUAGUUAAACAUCAGAAAUCACACAGGAGUAAAGCAUCACUAUGAUGUGAUACACAACAGGGUUGUUGCUACACUCCAGUCACACAGUGACACUUUAGGUUACCCAUCAGCAGAUAACUGGAAUGUGUGUCAUUAAUAUAAGAGUGGAAAAGAUCACUCAGGUGAAACUUACAGUAUUUCUUUAUUAUAGUAGACAAGCCCAGACUGCCCAUCUGUCACCUCUAGCAUAUUCCAGAAGGGCCGAUUGGCUGGUGGGAUCAUCUGGUUCCACAGGGAGAUGGGAAGGCUGUGCCCAACACAGCCUCUGGCUCUCUGGUUUAGCCACCCCCACUGCCCAAGGUGUGCAUCUCCAUGGAAACGGGGGCUUGCAGCAAGUCCACACACUCCCGACUCACAGCACAUCCUUGUGCGUCGUAUCCUUGCACCCCCCCCCCCCCCCCCCGUGAUGUGCACUCGCAUGUUUACAAAUGCCCAAUUCAAAUAGGAGCCCCAGUUCAUCCCUGCCAGUAAAUAUCGGCACCUCUCUCCAUAACAAUGUCAGACCAUAGUGUUAUAUAAGCGUCUAUGGGCCUAAUUCAAGGUUGAUAGCAAAAGGAAAAUCUUCCUAAUGGGAAAAUCCAUGUGCACUGCAGGUGGGGCAGAUGUAACGUGCAUAGAGAGUUAGAUUUGAGUAGGGUGUGUUCAUACGGAAAGCGAAACUGCAGUGUAAAAAUAAAGCAGCCAGUAUUUACCCUGGACAGAAACAAUAUUACCCACCCAAAUCUAACUCUCUCUGCACGUUACAUCUGCCCCACCUGCAGUGCACAUGGUUUUGCCCAUUAGAGAGAGAUUUUGAAAAUGCCAAUUGCAGAAAUUGCGAAUGCAUCGCAAUAUGCGGGCUGAUCGCAAAACCAUACACAGUUAUCGGAACAUCGUGAAUUUUUCCUAUCUGCGCCAGGCAAGGUCGUCCACAAUUCUUGUGACACAGACGCUGGAAAUGGUCAUCGCUGAUGUCAGAGGCCUCCUUAAAAACGCCUGGGCACGCUUGCAUUGUGUCAGACACAGCCAGAAAACAGCAGGUUUCCGCCCAGAAACGCCAACUUCCUGUCAGGGAAACAGCGGCUGCAUUGCGCUCAUGAUCUGUACAUAAUAUAUGUCGCUAUUUUUGCUAACGCAUGCGCAGUCGUUCGAUAAUCGGACGGAUUGGGAUUUGCAUAUUUUACAAUUCUUACUGAAUAAGGGGGUAAUUCAGACCUGAUCGCGAGCAGGUUAUAUUUUGCAAUGCAGCGAUCAGGUAGUCGCCGCCGACAGGGGAGGGGGGAAUCGCUGUGCAGUGUUAUGAAUGCUUGUGCAGAGCUGCACAAACUCAGGACUUACUCAGCCGUUGCGAUGAACCUGGACGAUGCUGACAUCGGGAUUCCUCCCUGGAAACAGCCGGGCACGCCUGCGUUUUCCUGGACACUCCCUGAAAACGGUGAGUUGCCACCCACGAAUGCCUUCUUCCCCUGUCAAUCUCCUUGCGAUUGCCGCUGCGAUCGCAUUUUACGUAGAAUCCAUCGCUAUGCGGUGACCCCCGGCGAUGACCAGCGACGCGCCUGCUCAUUGCGGCCCGCAUGCAUGCACUGUUGAAACCCGAUCGCACGGCUGCAAAAAAGAGGCAGCAUGCGAUCGCGUCUGAAUGACCCCCAAGGUUCAUAGGCUCCAACGGUCAUGAAGUUUAGCUCCAUCCUUCUCAAUAUCUAGGGCUGAUCUUCUGUCAGAGUAUAAAACAGUAAUUCCUGGGUAACAUUACUCAAUGUAGGGGUUUGCUUGGAGAUCCAUUUUUGUAAUACAGCCUUUCUGGCAAUAGUCACCAAAAUCAUUAAAAAUGGAAGCGGGGAAGGACAAUAUGAGGGAAAUGUCCAUUCAGAAAGAUCCACUAACAAAGUCUUUCCAGUUAUAUAAUACAGAUACUCCUGUCAGUUGUCCAAUGAAUGAGUGGAUUUUGUACCAAAAACGUGUAAUUUCAGGACAGUACCAGACAUUAUGUGCACAGGUGGCCGAUGCGGUCUUGUACUUUGGCCAUGAACCUGAUGCCUCCUCCACGACAUGUUCUCUCUGGGCUUGAGAAAAAUAUGCCCUGUAUAAAAAUGUAAUAUGAGUUUCUUGCAAUCUCACCGACCCAAGAUAUUUCAUUGCGGUCGCAGUGACUGCAAGAGGCGUUCAAGAUGGUGGAAGUCAGGAAAACCAUGAGUCCAUGAUUUCCAAAUCGCUUCCUAUAAUCUUUCCAAAUUGUCGGGUAGUAAAUCCGUAUACACAAACCGUAGAUUGAGUGACGUGUUUAAUCUCUAAGGGCAUAAGCAGUAUAAUAUAUUUUACUGUUUUACUUUGUACACAUUUGUUGAUCGGAAUAAAUAGUGCCCCAAGAUUUCCCGAAAUGUUGGAAUAACUUUAUCUUUCCAUGUCUGAUAGUGGGCUAUUGUAAGAGAGGGUAAGAGGUCAGGGUUGCCUGAAAAUGGAACAAAUUUGGAAAAAUGCUGAUCAGAUUGCGUGCGGGUUGUUCUUCCUAUAUACUGUGCCCCACAAACACAAGUGAUUAAAUAAACAACUAACGAACUCUGAUAGUUGAUGAAGUAUUUGAUCUUAAAACUAUGUCCAAGUGAACUAGAGUCAAAUCCAGCUCUUCUGUUCAAAUUGUGACUACACGUAAUACAUUUGGUUUUACCACAGUUAUAACAUCCUUUAAUGAUAGUACGAGAAACUAUUCAGCUAUCCAUCGUAGUAGGAUUUUUUAAAGAAGUUGAUCCUUUAAAGUGACUUGGAGCCAGUACAUUCUUAAGAUUACUUGUUUUUUUUAAAUAAUUCUUGGUUGUUCUUCUAUGCAAUUCACAAGCACAUUAUCAUGUUUUAAUAAAGAAUUAUUUUUCUUAA